UUUUUGUAGUUCCGAUGAUUUUUUUUUUUUAACCCUAUAAAAACGAAGCAUAAUGUUAUGAAGUUCCACCUGCAGCAGCCAGCAUCUCUUCCUCUUCUUCUCAGUUUAUGCGUCAGAUGGACGUCGGAACUUCUUCCUGGCAGCAACAUAAAGCUGACGAUCCCAAUACACGAAACCGGAAAAGAAAGCGGAAGCACAAGGAAUCUGGGAAUACAUGUAUGCAGGGAGUUGAUAAUGAUGUUGGGUUUAACAAAUUGCCAGAUGACAUAAUAAUUACCAUCCUUUCCCGUCUCAGUCCCAAGGAAGCCGCCAGGUCGAGUCUCCUCUCACGCAGAUGGAGAUACUUGUGGUUUUGCUCUUCCGGUAUCCUUCACUUUGAUGACCGCAAAAUGUUCUCCCAUGACCUCCAAAUGUUGAAGUUGAAGUCCGACUUCUAUGAAGAAAUAGAUGUUCGGGAAAUACGCGACAUACACAAAAAAAUUGUUGCUAGAAAACAAUUUCUGUUCAGAAAAUUCGUUGCCUGGGUCACUCGCGUCCUGAAGCUGCAUCAAUGCCUCACUCUGGACGGCCUAAUCAUACACUUCAGUACAUCGCGCGACAAAUCCCCUUUCGGCCGCCGUUCGGGCUACAUUGACAGCUGGAUAUAUUCAGCAAUGAGAAAGGAAAUAAAGAUGCUGGAAUUGAAUUUCCCGGGAUACCACUAUGAAUUCCCGAACCUCGAACUAUUGUUAUCAUACUCGCCUCAGAAGUUUGGUUUUGGGUUGCUAAGGACCCUUAGAUUGGAGGGUGUUGAUGUCGAGGACAAGGUGGUUAGGCAUUUUCUAGCCUCGUGUCAUUAUCUCGAAUGCCUUUGCACAAGGAAAUCCGAUGCCACCAAGAGACUGCGAUUCGUGGAUCCUUUGCCGAGUUUAAAAGUUUUGGAGAUUUCAGAUUGUUAUUUUAUCAGGAAACUAGAAGUUUCUGCCACGAGUAUUGUCUCAUGUACGUACAAUGGAUUGGAUACCGUUUUUCCAUUUGAGAAAGCCCUGAAUCUGUCCGAGCUGACUCUUGGUCGUGAAUUUGCCGAGUUCUUUAUUUACGAGCCUUCCCAGCACACGAGUUAUUCGGCCCAGCUGGAGAAACUAACAUUGAAUAUUCACGAAACAGGGUUCCGUUGCCCUCAAGAAUCCGGACUUCCUCCUCCUGAUUUGUCAAAGCUAUGCUCUCUCAAGCAUCUGGAGUUGAAUGUUAUGUCCACCAUUAAGAGCAUAUACUUCUUCAUCUCAUUGAUUAAGGCGGCUCCUUUAUUGACCGAAUUCAGGAUGAAGAUAACCUAUGUCAGAAAAGGCCAGUUGUAUCUGAAUGGUGAAUUUCCUGAAGUGCUUCCAGAAUUCCACCGCUAUAGAUGUCGUCACAAAAACCUAAAGACGGUGAAAAUAAGUGGGUUUAUUGGGUGCUCGUAUGACAACAUGUUUGUAUGUCAGUUACUUAAACUUGCUAAAAAUCUGGAAACAAUAACAAUUGACACAGAGAGCGAAUACUAUAGAAAAGAAAAGCCUUGUAAAUGUGCUGCCAACAACUCCCUGAAGGAAAAGUGUGUAUGUGUUUUGUUAAAGAGGCGUAAAAAAUGGACGCAGGCAAAAGCAAUAAAGCGUGCCCAACGUUUGAAGUCCCGUUAUUCUGGAAAGGCGGUAUUUAUCGUGACAUGAUAAUGUGCAGUUUUUGAGCAAUUUAUUGGGGUCCUUGUGUGCUCAUGCUGUGAACAACAGAUAGGUCUUUAUUUAAGUUAAAUUUUAAUGUUUCAUAGAGAUAAACAUCAGAUAGGUCUUUAUUUAAGCUAUGUCUUUAUUUUAGUUAAUUUUUAAUGUUUACUUUAUUUAAGUUAUGUCUUUAUUUUAGUUAAUUUUUAAUGUUU